GACAUUUCGUAGAAUAGGUGAACAAUAGUGGUGUCAAAAUAUUUUUGUUUUGUCUUUAAUAUUCCGAAAAACCUGCAAUAUUCAUCAGAAUAUGUGAUAUUUGUAAUGAUUUUUAUUGAUUUUAAUGCUAUUCAACAAAAGACAUCAGUGAUACAUGAUAAUUGUUAUAAUGUUAAAGUGAUACAAUUUCCAUAGCUUGGUACCGUGUUAGUCAUGUCAGAUUGCGCAUUGGUGGCCAAUGCAAACGAGCACGAUGCGAGCAUGGACGUGGGGAACGAUAAGUCUCUUUUCGAGCCCACUGUUGAUAUGAUGGUAAAUGAUUUUGACGACGAGAGAACACUAGACGAAGAGGAGGCUUUGGCGGCUGGGGAGCAACAGGAUCCCAAAGCCGAGCUCAACAGCCUGCAGAGGGAAGGUGAUAUGCCUCUAGAAGAGUUACUGGCGUUAUAUGGUUACGAUAGAAACAUGGACAAACCUGCCCCUGAACAAGCGCCACCCCCAGAGGCAGUGCCCGAGGAAACUGAGAAAACAGAAUCUGUGCUCCAACAGUUGUAUACUGAAACCACAAGCCCAGAGGCUACUCGAUGCCUCAGGUCCGGCUCACGACCACCUUCUGAAGAAGAAGAAGACUAUGAUUAUAGUCCAGAUGAAGAUGACUGGAAGAAAACUAUUAUGGUUGGUAGCGACUAUCAAGCUGCUAUACCAGAAGGCUUAUGCAGUUAUGACGAUGCACUGCCAUAUGAAAAUGAGGAUAAAUUGUUGUGGAACCCCAGUGUACUUGAUGAAAAAGUGAUAGAAGAUUAUAUGAAGAAAAUAUGUGCAAUGACCUCUGGCACUGGUAUGGAUGCUAUUCCACGUGGGAAGCAAUUACGAGACGAUGAAGAAGCAUUAUUCCUUCUGCAGCAAUGUGGGCACAAUCUGGAGGAAGCAUUGAGAAGACGGCGCAUCACCGCCCAGGCACCAGCGGAUGCAAGUUUAUGGUCAGAGGAGGAAUGUCGAAACUUCGAAAACGGUCUCAAAGCACACGGGAAAGACUUCCAUUUAAUACGACAAAACAAGGUAAGGACUCGGUCAGUGGGCGAACUCGUGCAGUUCUAUUAUAUUUGGAAGAAGACAGAGAGGCACGAUAUCUUUGCAAAUAAGGCUAGGUUGGAGAAGAAGAAGUAUACUCUUCAUCCGGGUCACACAGACUACAUGGACAGGUUUCUGGAGGAGCAGGAGGCGCCAAGCGCGGGCCCGCCCGGCGCAGCGCCGGCGCCGGCUCCGGCUCCGGCGCCGCUGCUGCUGUACGCGCCAGCGCCGGCGCCGGCGCCGCCCGACCCGCUGGCGCUCGGCGAAAAAGAAGUGUUCUCUCAGAUGAACCACACGCCUCCACAUGCUCUGUCCACAGAGGACCAGGAGCCAGAUAUGGGUUCUUAAUACAAGUUUUAUGGCUACGCCUGUUGUCAUGUAGGAUGCACUGUUUGUAACAUUCAGAUAAAUAGGGCAGGUAGACUUACAUACAUACUUAGUAAAAAGUUUCAAAAUUGUACAGAAUGUACCAUUCUUAGUUAAUUUUUAUAGCAGCAUGAUGAUCUCACAGAAAUACUAGAGCUACUUAGGUUCUGUAAAGAUACAGGUAGAACUGAUAGGUAGCCGCCAACAUAGGGAUACCAGUUAUUGGGCACACCACAAAUAAUAAAAUAAAAUAAUAUGGGAGGACCAAUCACCCAUCUGGUGCUUGGCUGACAUCCAAAUCCAACCAGGAAAUUAUAAAAUAAAAUGAAAUAUUCACUCUAAUGAUGAAUACCUUACAACAGUGCCUGAGGAAAAAAAUUAAGUAAUUACACUAUAUGUAUGUAUAAAUAUAUAAGUGUUCUGGUAGGCAUUUAACUUUGUCUCUGACUAAUGAAACUGCAGGCAACAGUACCACAGGCAACUAGACUACUACAAGUAGACUAACUAAUAGUCAAUAUUGUAACUUUGGAUUAUAAAAAAUAUUUUAUGUUCUUUGACAAUGCUUUUAUUUACACCAGUUCAAAUUCAUGUGUCAGGUACAUUAAUAAAUAAUGAAAAUGUAUUGCUAAAGGUUUAAAUUAAAUUAAAAAACAGGCAUUGUAACUUAAGUAGAAUAUGUACAGGAAAUUAUUAUCUCAGCAUUUCAAAGUAUGUAAGUUCUACUGUCUUUUUAUGUAGCUCAGAUUCGUAUCAGAGAUACUUGGAAUUAGAAACUCGCCAGGUUUAAAUUAAUCAUGAUGAUAAUUAAUUUAAUAUACUUAUCAUUUUGCCUAGAAAUAUGUGAGUUACAUUAUACUGCGAUAGAUGGCGCUAGAUGGUUUAAUAUGCACUAUAUUUUUCUCCCAUAGAAUAAAUAUGCUGUUAUGUUAUGGCGCCAAUUUGUUAUUAUUGACAAGAGAGUCAGAUUUAUGGAUAUAAUAUUAUAAAAAUAUCUAUCAAGAAAUUCUUUUAAAGCGAGAGUAGACUUUAUUUGUAGUAUUUUGUUUCAUAAAAUAAUACAUUGUUAUCAUUUAUAAUAAUAUUACCAUAUAUAUUUUUUAAUUUUUGUAUAGGGAUAAACCUUUUGAGCCAUUUGCAGAUACAUAAUAUAUAGGUAGAAAUUCUACUAGUUUUUUCAGUAGUAAUUCGAUAGUAGAAUGACUACUGAAAAAAUUAUACUGAAAGGCAUCAAUGACGCUAAAAUUCAAAUUUUAACCAUUUCAUUUGUAAAUGAAUGUGUAUUUUUAAACUUAAUAUAGGAUACUUAAAUUUGGAUAAUUAAUUGAUUUAAAAAAAUCUUGAAAACGGGGCUAACAUGCAUGCAUGUCAUGAAAUUUUUAGAAAUAAUUAUGUAUUGCUCUAGAAUAAUUAAAAAAUGUAUGAUGUGAUAACAAUAUAUUAUUUUAUGCAAAUUCUCGCGCCUACCCUUCGCCUUAACUAUAGAAGGUAAUUUCUAAAAUUUUGGUGCGUCGUGUGCUUGCGUAAUACAAGUAUUAACUGUGGUCAGUGGUACAUGGUGGUAUGUAUCUUUGAUACAUUCUGACUUGCAAUAAUAUGAUUCCCUUAUUGAUAAAAAUACACAAAACUAUUUUACAUUUUAAUGUUUAUUAUAUUCGGACUCGGAAGUGCGAGUAUAGAAGGGUAGACAAGUAGGGACCUACUUUUGCUGAAUACUGGAACAUUUAUUAUGGCCACCAAAGGCGAUUCCUUAUUUUACUGCUAUUAAGACUUAAUACUAAAUAGAGGCAUUUAUAACAAAUUAAAUUUAAAUACUUGGUACUAAAUGUAUAUAAUUUAGAAAUAGAAAAUAGCUAAUAUAAGCAGAGUUGUUUUUAAAUUACUUUUAUGAAAUAUUCAGCAUCAGUAUUUAUGCUCCAUAACAUUUACAAGUGUGUCAUACUGUUAUGUUCCACUUCUAUAUUCUCUAUUUUGAGUCCCAGAUUUUUAUAAAUGACUGAACACUAUUGUGUCUUAUGUGUGUGAUUUGUUUUUAUGAUAAGAAUUUUAACAGUACAAUGUAAAUAAUAAUAUUAUAUUUAACUAAUUCAAUGGUAUUAUUAUGAAUAAGGGGAUAUGUAUAAACAUGUGUAAGUUACACAUCAAAUCAGCUGUAUAAAAAUUGUGAAAAACUUUGUUUAUUUUAAUUAAUAAAACAGUGCAUAAUUAAGUGUAAA